AUGUCAUCGCCCCCAUUAGAACUUACCAAGGAAGAGAUUUCAUUAAUUCUGCUGGAUUGGCUGAUAGUGUUGGAAGAACAAGAUUUUGAUUCGAUUCAGUUGCCCCAUGGUUUUGAAGCAAAACAGGAGGAACGUCAUCAGAAAACGACGAGCAAGAGCUUGGAGUAUGGCUUUCUCUGGGAUAAUAUUGCCAGCAAGUACAAUGAGCGAACGGGGAAAUCAUGUAGCGGGUCUGCCUUGAAGGCGUACAUGGAAGAAAACGUAUCAGACGGAUAUGCAUAUAUGGAGCCAAUCGAUAUGCGAAAAUACAUGUACGAUUGCGAUGAAGAGACUGGCGGCCGCCGAUACACGACUCUCCUGGUAAAGGAUGCGGCGGAAGAACCCUGUGAAGAUACUGAUAUGAGCGAAACAUUGGCGGAUGACGACCUUCAGCUCAAUAAGAAAUGUGGGUUGGUUCUCCCUGUCGCUCGGAUUCAGCAACAGCUCGAAGAAAACGUUCAGAAGGUUGCCGACGACGAUGGAAUCGAGCCGAUGGAGGUGGAACCAUCGGCAGGUGUAAUGUUGACAGCUGUUGCAGAAUACUUGGUUGCUGAAGUGAUGGAGCUGGCUGGUAAUCAAGCCAUGGACAAUAGUCGGAAACAUAUCAACUCAAUGGACAUCUGCUACGCCAUUGCCAACGAUAAUGAGAAUGGGGGUGGUUUGGCGAAGUGCUUUGUCGACGACAAUGAAUCCGUCGAAAACUACGCUCGGACAACAGCAGCAACAGUACAAGAAUUACCAGAACCACGGCCUAUGCUUCAAACGAUUCGACCACCCAUACCAUCCAGUUUGACUGAUGCCAACAGUGGUCGGACUCGAAUUGAUGUGUAUUGGAAAACAGCAAACAGAUUCCCUGGUGGCAACUGUGACAUAUUUACGGUACGAUAUCGUUUAACAUUUGAUGCUACCACAACAACAGAAACAAAGGUGCAUAGAAUUCAAUGGCAAAAUUUCGAUGGUCAACACAGCAUUGAAAGUGGCCCUGUUUCACCGGAACGUGCCAAAAAUAUAUGCGACAAGCUCGAAGAGUUGGAUUGGAGGACGGUUGUCAUUCGAUUGCACCAAUCUUUGGCCACCAUCUAUACUGGAAUGCGUAGUACAGGGUCGUUUUACAACGUUCUGGACGAGAAGUCAAGUGACAACAAUGCACUCGACACAGAGUGGAGCACGACUGAGGUAAUGGUGUACAAUAAUGAUGAAUCAAAUCCGUUCCUAAGAUUGUGUCGGAGUGCUGUCAUGGGACCGCAAUAUUCGCCAAAUUAUGGUCAUCACAAAUAUUUCAAGGAGGGAACCGCUGAGCAGAAAGCACUCAUUGACAUGCUGACUACAGCCGUUGGAAUGGGUCGGCCAGAAGAGUUCAGUUCCUCCUGUAGUCCAGCUGGGUCUGAUCGUGGGCGAACCCAUACGUUGCCAACUGGGAUCCCAUAUGCUGUGUGUCCCGAUCACUUUUUGUACUGA